UCUUUCAUCCACUUCCAGCCAGUUCCCUUCCUUUACAGAAUGGAUCCCCAGGGUUUGAGGGAAGAUCUGCGUCUUUUUCAGACCACUCUGCUACAGGAUGGACUCAAAGAGCUUCUGAAUGAGAAUAAAUUGAUCGACUGUGUGGUGAAGGUUGGGGACAGAAGCAUCCCCUGCCAUCGUCUCAUUUUGGCAGCCUGUAGUCCUUACUUCAGGGAGAUUUUCUUCUCAGAGGACGGCAAAGAAAUGGACCAAAAGGAGGUCAUUCUGGAGAAUCUCGAUCCUGGCAUUCUGGAGGCGAUCAUAAACUACAUGUACUCAGCUGAGAUCGACAUCAACGACAAUAAUGUGCAGGACAUUUUGGCGGUUUCUAAUCGCUUCCAGAUCCCGUCAGUGUUCACAGUUUGUGUGAAUUAUCUCCAGAAGAGGCUUUCAAAGGCAAACUGCCUCGCCAUCUACAGGCUGGGACUGAUGCUGAACUGUGUCAGGCUGGCAAUGGCGGCUCGAGAUUACAUUGCAGAUCGCUUUGAGAUCAUUUCGAAGGAUGACGAUUUCAUAGAGCUUGCUCCACCUGAACUCUUUGCCAUUAUUGGAGCCGAUGUGCUGAAUGUGGAGAAGGAGGAGGUGGUCUUUGAGUCCCUCAUGAAGUGGAUCAGGAAAGACAAGGAGAAGCGAGCAAAAUCCUUAGGGGAGGCCUUCGACUGCAUCCGCUUUCGAUUGCUCCCAGAGAAGUACUUCAAGGAGAAGGUGGAGAAGGAUGAGCUGAUAAAGGCAGACCCUGAACUGGUCAAAAAAAUCAAAGUGAUAAAAGAGGCCUUUGCAGGGAAGCUACCGGAGAAAAAGAAAGGAAAGGAUGAUGAGGAAGGAGAGGAGGGGAAGUUGCCUGGCUAUCUGAACGAUAGCCGCAGACAUGGUAUGUAUGCAAGAGACAUGGUGCUGAUGAUCACUGACACGGCCGCUGUCGCCUACGACGCCCAGGAGAACGAGUGCUUCCUGGCUGCCAUGGCAGAGCAGAUCCCAAGAAACCAUGUCAGCCUGAUGUCAAAGAAGAACAACCUGUAUGUGCUGGGGGGGCUAUUUGUAGAUGAAGAGGACAAAGAAACCCCUCUGCAGUGUUACUUCUACCAGUUAGACAGUCUGUCUUCUGAGUGGAUCGCUCUGCCUCCCAUGCCCUCGCCUCGCUGUUUGUUUGCUAUGGGGGAGUUUGAAAACCUCAUCUUUACUGUGGCAGGAAAAGAUUUACAGUCCAACGAGUCUCAUGACACUGUUAUGUGCUAUGACACAGAGAAAAUGAAGUGGUCUGAAGCCAAAAAGUUGCCCCUGAAAAUCCACGGCCACUGUGUGGUCUCUGAGAACGGCCUGGUGUACUGCAUAGGAGGGAAAACAGAUGACAAUAAGACGAUCAGCAAGAUGUUUGCAUACAACCACAAGAAGUCAGAGUGGAAGGAAGUGGCCUCAAUGAAAACGCCCAGAUCCAUGUUUGGUGCAGUGAUCCACAAAGGGAAGAUAAUCGUGGCUGGUGGAAUCAAUGAAGAAGGACUCACUGGGACAUGUGAAGCCUACGACUUUGGAACGAACAAGUGGUCACCAUUCACAGAGUUUCCACAGGAGAGGAGUUCAGUGAACCUGGUGAGCAGUGGAGGGCUGCUGUACGCUGUGGGAGGCUUCGCCAUGGUGGAGAAUGAAAACAAAGAGUGUGCACCCACAGAAGUCAUUGACAUUUGGCAGUAUCAAGAUGAUAAGAAAGAGUGGACAGGUAUGAUUCGAGAGAUGCGUUACGCAGCUGGAGCCUCCUGUGUGUCCAUGAGACUGAAUGCAGCCAAAAUGCCCAGACUGUAAAGUCAGUCGACAGACUUUUACUUCAUCACCGUAGGCAAGAAUAUUAUGUACAUGCUUGUUUUUAUUGACUUUGACAGGUCACAUUAGU